GUUAGAAUACUCAAGUCCUUUAUCGAAAUUUCUUUUAUUAUAGCAACCUUUUUUAACAUAGGUAUUCAGUCCGCUUUUACUGCGUUUUGCUAAUCAUACCUACUUAUUCUUAUUACUCCAUUAAACUGACUUAGGCGGCAAGAUGAGGCGUGGUGGUGGCCGCAGAUCAUCCUACACAGGUGUCAAGUGUAGUCGCCGGCAACCUUUGCCUCUCGGUAAAGUGCUAUCACGCCGCGAUAACGCAAACAAGAUCCGAGUGGGAGCCGCCGCAGAUCCAUCCUGAGAUCGCCAUUGACCAGACAAAUCUAACAAAGUGAUGAUUAAAAUAUCUCCCGCCUUUUUCAAACAGUUAUGGCUAACCCUGGGUGCAUCACUGUCAUUCCUCAUCAUCGGACUGGUGCGAGGUUACUCGUCUUCCGCUCUGCCGUCUAUAGAGAGCAUAGACCCAACACUCAUACAGAAUGGACAACAGAAAUCGUGGAUUGGUGCAAUCCCGCCGUUAGGGGCGUUCGUUGGUAGCAUGAUGGCGGGUCCCCUGAUGCAGAAGGCAGGUCGCCGGCGCACCCUACAGAUGUCAGCCCCCCUCUGCCUAGCAGGCUGGCUGAUCUUGGCUUUCGCGAAGCUGUUCCCGCUCAUACUGCUCGGCAGGAUUAUCACUGGAUUGUUUGUGGGUCUCGUAUUGGCCCCAGCACAAGUAUAUGUGAGCGAGUGCUGUGACCCUGAGAUCCGUGGGAGGCUGGGCUCGCUGCCCACGCUGUCCAUGUCCCUGGGCAUCCUCCUGUCCUACGUCGCGGGCAACUGGCUCCAAUGGCGGCACCUCGGCUUCUUCUCCGCCGCGUUCUGUGUGGUUCUGUUCCUAUUCCUGCUGCCACUGCCGGAGUCCCCGGUGUGGCUGGAGGCGAGCGGGGGCGACGCCUCGGCCUCCGUCAGGUGGCUGCACCUCUCUCCCCGCGCUACAGCUACUGUUAAGGAUGACCCUGAAGAAAAAUGUGAGGAGCCCGAGACGCCAAGCCUGUUCAGCCGCAAGGUGUUCUUGUCGUCGGCCGUGAUGAAGCCCCUGGUCGUGGGCUUCGCUCUGCUUUUCUUCCAGCAGUUCAGCGGAAUCGAUGCUGUCAUAUUUUUCACGGUCGAGAUAUUCGAAAGUGCAGGGAGCAGACUGGACGCUAUGACAGCCACCAUUAUCAUUGGAUUAGUGCAGUUACUUAGUAACGGAGUCAGCACUAUGCUGGUGGACCGCGCGGGUCGACGACCUCUGCUGCUGCUAUCUGCCGCCGUCAUGUGCCUUUCCAUGGCUUCCAUGGGAGCCGCCUUCUACUUCGAGUUUGAAAAGGAGUCUUGGAUAGGAUACAUGCCGAUAGUAAGCCUGAUGGUAUUCAUGAUGGGAUUCUCUCUGGGCUUCGGCGGCCUGCCGUUCCUCCUCCUCGGCGAAUUGUUCCCGACCCAGUACCGCUCACAACUGUCAGCCAUGGCCAGCGCCGUCAACCUGAUCUCCAUGUUCACCGUCAUUAAGACUUAUCAUUCUCUUGAUGUACUGCUAACAUCCGCUGGAACAUUCUGGAUGUACUCUUGUUUCUGCGCAUUAGCCUUCGUGUUCGUGCUGACCAUGGUGCCGGAGACCAAGGGCAAGUCGCUCGCUGAGAUCGAGGAGCAUUUCCGAGGGAAAAAGGCGAAGAAAGCGGUCCCACUGCAGACCAUUUCUGCUACUUGUUAGAAUCCAAAUUAUACUCCAUUGUUAUCUAUAAAGUCUGUCUGUUAUGCUUUCACAUCGAUUUUAAGGAAAAGUUGUGAGAAUUGCAUAUUUUUAUAAAAUUUCCGAUCCGAGAGACAGAAUUUUAUUACCCGAGGUUAAUUAAGCUAAUUGAUUUUUGAAAUUCCAACGGGAAUAUAAAUUGCACGUGGGCGGAGCUACGUGCAUAAGUUAUGUUAAGUAAUACUUUUUUUAUAUUGAAGGAUAUGAGAUCUCUUAAGUAAUUAGGAGAAUAAAUAAAAUAACGUCGACACUAUAUUAUUAAAGUAGUAAACGUGAUUGAAAGGAAUUGUAGAAUUGUAGAUUACCUACACCUUAUUUAGAAUGAACUUGUAUAAUGAAUAAUUCGUGUCACAUUUAAAUAUAAUUUAUGAGUAGAUUUAAUAAUGUUAUUAAGGUAUAGUUUAUUUUUUACUUUAAUAUACAUGCAAAACCUAAAUUGAGAUAUUACUAAUUUAUGAUUUCUUAUCAAUAUAAUAUAAAAAUGCAAGGAACAUUUUUGUUACAAAAGUCGAUUGACAACUUUAGGAGAAUCGGAAUUCAGAUGUAUAUAUUUAGAUCAGUCUACUUACUUCUACACUACUAUAGCAUAUCUAUAAAUAAAUACUGUAUCUAUAAAUAAAACUGACGAAAGCACAUUUAUUUGUGGCUAAAUUUACUAAACAUAAUUAUGCAUAUAUGCAUACACUAAGGUUCCUUUGAAUUUAUUCUUGAAAUUAAAAUAAUGAACUCAAUUUUUAUAAACUGUGUCCUUAAAGAUUGAAGAAAUAGUUGAUGAGCACAAUAAGAAUAAUGUAGGUAGGAUUUUUUUUUAUAAUUUUAAUACUACCUAAACUAGAGACCGCCCGCGGCUCCGCCUGCAUAAACCUAAAAAUUCCUUCAACUUCCAUUCCCGCAGGAAUUUUCAAAAAACAUUUCUUAGCGGACGUCCUCUAGUCACAAAAUACCUUUCUGCGAAAUUUCAUGUCUAUCGACCUAGUAGUUUUCGUGAUAACGUGAAGAGUGAGCACGCGAGUGAGUUUUUUCGCUUUUAUGUAUAUACGAGUAGAUUAAAAUUAUGUUUGUCACAACGCAGAAUGUAUUAAACUUAGUAGGUCUAGAAUAUGUUGCCAUAUUAGUAUUAGAAUGUAAAUGAAUGUAAUUUGAUUCUGUACAGGUAAUAUAAAUUAAAAUCUGACUUAUCUAGGUGCCUCUUUGAUGGAUCAGGUGAUCCUCUUAACAAUUUAUCUUGAUAUUAUUAUAUAUUAAGGAAUCAGCUGUUAUUUCAAUUAACUAUAAAGAUAAAUUUUGAAUCUUUGAUUGGGUAUUUGUUAUGCGAACUUUUUUCAUUAUUGGCAUGGUAUCCCUCCUAUCGGGGAUCUAAGAAUGUUUUACUCAGUUUAUAGACAUGUUUUUUAAAAUUAUAAGGUGAUUCAUCGUAUAGUUCUUUGAUUUAAAUUUGUAUCAAAUUAUAUUGUUGACGAUACAUUAAACUUCAGGCUUACCUGCCUGCAAAAUUGUCAUCAAUAAAUGACUAAGAAAGGCCUAUUCGACCCGUAUCCCGUAUUUUAUAUUUAAGUAAUACCUAUUUGAUAUUCAGUUUAGUGAUACUAGAUUUAAAUAAAAGUAGUAUAUAAAUCAAAAAUUGUUCCUAACUAAUCGUUUUGUUAUUUUG